GAUAAAACAUGUCGCUGGACUCUGCAUCUGAUAGUUUAGAAAUCAAUAGAUCUAAGUUGUGUCUAACUCAAAGGAAAGGAUCGUUGACUGGUGAGAAUAAAGAUGUAAUGUUAUCUAAAGGCCAGACGCCGGAUUCGGGAUGUUUUGACGAUAUCGAUGACUGUGAGGGUGUCUCCUUAAAUGAGAAUAGUGCUGAACAGUUAACUACAAAAACUGAUGAACACAUGAGAAACCUCGCUAGAGCUAUUGAGGCCAUUUCAUUGGAAAGCAUAACGAGUGGGAUAUCCUCGGGGUCAAGCGCGUCCGAAGACAGAUUGGAUCUACUCAGGUGUGUUACAUCCUACUCCAAUGUGGGCUCACGACCCCCAGCAGACACUGCAUGUCAUAGCAAGAGAAGAGUAAGAUCUGCCACCGUCAGUAAAUCAUCGGCUGAUUACAAGUCGUUUGUCAAAAAGAGAUGUAGUUUUAGUUGUGAUUCGGUGCCUGCUUUGGAUAAAUUUCGUAAUCAGCAAAGACGCAAAUCUGUGACAGCAGUUUCGACUGAAAAUGGAGCCAAUUACAAUGAUUCUUGCGAGAAUGUGAACUCUUGUAACUCAAACGCAGAAAAUCCGUCGAGACAGCAAAGUGUUACAAUUGCAAGCGAAGAUAGCAAUGAAGUGAAACGUUGCACUUCAAACAAAGAAUUACGAAGGACAGAUUCUAAGUAUGACCCGACCCUCGAGAAGUCUAAGACUUUUCUUCAUGGACAGGGUAAGACGUUUAGCAGGGCUAACGAAUAUCUAACACCUGCUAGGCCUGGUUUACAGAAAAUACAGGUCAGUUACACACAAACCAAUACAGAGAACAACUACAGGAAGAUAUUUUACGACUUGGUCAAAACGGCACACAGACAAAACAUUAUUGUAUCGGAGUCAGUGAAGAACCUGGAAAGAAGACUGUUCUUCAGGAGGAGCGAUCCUCACCGAGCCACAUCCUAUUUUGAGCACAAGGGUUUACGAGACCCCUCAAGGUCCCAUAGGAAGAAAAUGGCUAGAACAACUGCAGAUAAAAUCAAAGAGAGGAAGGAGAAAAUUAAACAGACUUCCGAUGAGAUUAAGAUAGGUUAUAUUCCUAGAGAACAUACGAUUGUACUGCCCGGACCGGAGGAUAUAGAGAGGUUACGAAGUUGUAGAUAUCUAAGAGUGAACUCAAAGAUCCCGGAUAUUUGACAUAUUAUAUAUGAGGAUUUCACGUGCAAUGAGUUGUAGGUAUUAAGAUAUUCACCCAAAGCAUGUCAAUAUUCUAUAUACAUUAUACAAUCUGACAAAGUCAGGUCAUAUACACAUGCAUUCAUCUCUGAACAGAUA